AUGUGCGGCAGUGGGAAUCCCUGUUGGGGUUGCGGGCGCUGUGCCCCCAGCCCCAUGCUCCUCUUGAGCCUGUUACUGUUUGCAGCCCCGUUUGGUCUGCUCGGGGAGGAGACUCGCCAGGUGUCUCUGGAGGUCAUCCCUGGCUGGCUGGGGCCCCCCCAGAACUUGCUUCAUAUCCGGGCAGUGGGCACCAACUCCACGCUGCACUACGUGUGGAGCAGCAUGGGGCCUCCAGCAGUGCUGCUGGUGGCCACCAACACCCCCAACAGCUUCCUGAGUGUCAACUGGAGUCGCCUGCUAUCCCCUGAGCCUGAUGAGGGCCUGAUGGUACUCCCUAAGGACAGCAUCCAGUUUUCUUCUGCCCUUGUCUUUACCAGGCUGUUUGAGUUUGACAGCACCAACAUGUCUGAUGUAGCAGCAGAGGUCCCAGGAAAACUGUAUCCCCCAUACUCUUUGGCUGAGUUCUACUGGAACAACAUCACUGACUCAUUGGACACCGCCACCCUGAGUGCCACAUUUCAAGGCCACCCCAUGCACGACCCUACCAAGGCUUUUGCCAAUGGCAGCCUGGCCUUCAGGGUCCAGGCGUUUUCCAGAUCCGGCCGACCAGUCCAACCCCCUCGCCUCCUGCACACAGCAGACACGUGCCAGCUGGAGGUAGCCCUGGUUGGAGUCUCUCCCCAGGGAAACCGCUCCCUGUUUGGGCUGGAGGUAGCCACCUUGAGCCAGAGCCCUGACUGUCCCUCAAUGCAAGAGCAACAUUCUAUCGAUGAUGAGUAUGCACCUGCUGUCUUCCAGUUGGACCAGCUGCUGUGGGGCUCCCUCCCAUCAGGCUUUGUGCAAUGGAGGCCAGUGGCUUUCUCCCAGAAGCAGGGUAGCCGAGAAUCAGCACUACCCUGCCAAAUAUCCUCACUUCACCCUCCUUUGGCAUACCACCUCCCCCAGUCACCCAUUGUCCGGGCCUUCUUUGGGUCCCAGACCAACUUCUGUGCCUUCAAUCUGACAUUUGGGGCUUCCACAGGCCCUGGCUACUGGGACCAACACUACCUCAGCUGGUCAAUGCUCCUGGGCAUAGGCUUCCCUCCAAUGGACACCCUGUCCCCAUUAGUCCUGGGCAUCAUGGCGGUGGCCCUGGGUACUCCAGGGCUCAUGCUGCUAGGGGGAGGUCUGAUUCUGCUACUGCGCCACAAGCAGUACUCAGAGUACCAGCGCAUAAAUUGAGGCCCACUUUCUAGAGGGAAGGACAUCACUGGACCUGCCUUGCUGUGCCUCAAACCUCUGGGAGGUUGGAGGGUCAGUGUUUCAGCCAGGCCCCUCUCCUCUUCCAUCUUGAUUUUCUACAGAACCUCAAACCCCAGCCUCAACUCUCUGGGGACUCCCAGGUGGGGCUUCCUUCAUAC